CGCAGAGGGUUUGUGGCUGAGGCGCGCUGCAGGUGGCGGUGGUGGAAAGAGGAUGGCAGCGACAGAUUCGUGAGAGGUUGAGACGGACAUGGCGCCGACAGCGUGAGAGAGUCUGGACAUCCAUGGAGAGCUUUUAUAAUGAGAGCCAAAACUACAAGCAGGAUCACCGCUACCACCUGGUGCAGCACCAGGUGGUGCAACACCAGGUGGUCACGGGAGCGGGUUCCUCUGGGCCGGGUGGAAGUGCCAGUCUCCGCGCGCUAACCGGCUGCGUCCUGUGCGUCCUGAUCGUCUCCACCCUGCUGGGUAACACUCUGGUGUGCGCCGCGGUCAUCAAAUUCCGACACCUGCGCUCCAAAGUCACCAACUCCUUCGUCAUCUCUCUGGCGGUGUCCGACCUGUUCGUGGCCGUGCUGGUGAUGCCCUGGAGGGCGGUGUCCGAGGUCGCCGGCAUCUGGCUCUUCGGCCGUUUCUGUGACACCUGGGUCGCCUUCGACAUCAUGUGCUCCACGGCGUCCAUCCUCAACCUGUGCAUCAUCAGCAUGGACCGCUACUGGGCCAUCUCCAGCCCGUUCAAGUACGAGCGCAAAAUGACGCGCAAGUUCGCCUUCCUGAUGAUCGGCGUCGCCUGGACUCUCUCCAUCCUCAUCUCCUUCAUUCCCGUGCAGCUCAACUGGCACCGCGCGGACAACUCCACUGCGGACAACCCGGACGACUGCAACGCCAGCCUGAACCGGACUUACGCCAUCUCCUCGUCGCUCAUAAGCUUCUACAUCCCCGUGGUGAUCAUGGUGGGCACGUACACGCGCAUUUUCCGCAUCGCGCAAACCCAAAUCAGACGCAUCUCGUCUUUGGAGAGGGCGGCGGGGCCCCGUGCGCAAAACCAACGCCACCGCGCGUCAACGCACGACGAAAGCGCGCUGAAAACGUCUUUCAAAAGAGAAACGAAAGUUUUAAAGACUCUGUCCAUCAUCAUGGGAGUGUUUGUGUUCUGCUGGCUGCCGUUUUUCGUCCUGAACUGCGUGGUGCCUUUCUGCGACCUGGACAAACUCGGAGAGCCGCCGUGCGUCAGCGACACCACCUUCAGCAUCUUCGUGUGGUUCGGUUGGGCGAACUCGUCGCUGAACCCGGUCAUUUACGCCUUCAACGCCGAUUUCAGGAAGGCCUUCUCCACCAUCCUGGGCUGUAACAAGUACUGCUCCACCUCCGCGGUGGAGGCGGUGGACUUCAGCAACGAGCUGGUGUCUUAUCACCACGACACCACCAUGCAGAAGGAGGCCUGCGGGCCCGGGGCGCAGAGACUCAUGGUGCCGCCGCACGCAGGCGGAAAUCUGGAGCAAAACUUUGACAAAGUUUCUGUCAUUUCAGUUGAGUCUGGCAACCACGGCAACUUACUGCUACCCGCAAUCCUGCAGUAUGAGUGCGAGGCGGAGAUUUCUUUGGACAUGAUGCCCUUCAGCUCAUCCGGACCCAACGACUGUUAUCUCAUCCCGGGUCACGUCCAGGACCUGUGAGCUCCCUCAGUCUCACGGGUGUCGCGUGAUGCCGGGCCCCUGCUCAGCACCCUCCCAGCAGAGCUGUGGGUUUGCUGUCACUCCAGCCAGA